GUCGAAGUUGAAUCUGCCGAUGGCCGUGAAAUCCGAUCCACCUCCGAAGCCAUGGCUGUCGACCUUACGUCAUGCCGGAGGCUUGGAAGGCGAUCUACGAGGACAGCGACUCCGAUAGCCCGCGAGCACCCGGGCGAUCGGAGCGAACGGCACCCACAAGGGUCUCGGCGACCACCGCGGCACCAGAAGCACCAUCCGUGGCACCGGCCGUGGCGACGCCUGCUGCGCCUGCCCUUGCAGUGUUGCGGCAGAGGGCAGAGGCCCGGCGAAGCCCGCAGACAUCACGGACCAAGUGCAACAGGUCGGGGCGGGGUGCUUUGGGCCUGCUGGAGCCCGACAGCAGCGAUUCAGAUGGACUUGAGGCAGGAGGAGUGGAGUUGGAGCGACAGUGUCCAAAACGCCCUGCGGAGCAGCCCGAGCCAGUUGGACCUUCUACCACCAAGAGGCUUGCUGUGGAAGUGCCAGUGCAGGUGGAGAAGCAGUCGGGGCUGCUAAUGCAGGAACGCCCAUCAAUGGCUCAGGAGGCUGCUCCAGUCCCGGUUCCUGCCAUCCCGGUCCCUGUGGUGCCUGCGGUGCCGGCGGUGCCGCCUGCGGUGCCGCCCGUGCCGGAAGAGGUCAAGGUGCUCGAAAGGCUCGAGGCGAUCGAGGCGAGCAAGGCCGUCGAGGUCGAAGCAAACCGAGGAAAGAAGUCGCUGAAGUCCUUUUUGGGUCCGGACGAAGGAUUGGCUGCAAAGUGGUCUGAAGGUGCACUUCAGCUUCCUGGGGUCGAACUUCCAGAGCCAAUUGCCAGUUGUCUUCGUGGCUACCAAAGAGAGGGUGUGCGCUGGCUCUACCAGCGGCUCUUUAUGGAGACUCGUGGCUGCCUCCUUACAGAUGAGAUGGGCCUUGGGAAGACGGUGCAAGUUGCCUGCUGCCUUGCUGCCGGCCUUUUUGCGGCUGGAUCUGACGUCGGUGCCGUUCUGGUGGUGUGUCCUCCAACGUUGGUGCGGAAUUGGGCGCGCGAACUCACUCGUUGGGGCCCCUUUGCAGUCGAGGUCCUGACACCUCAUGGGGCCAACCGGCAGCGUGUGUUUCAGCGUGUUGAGGCUGGCUUGACGGAUGUGGUGGUGGCCAGCCGUGGCUUGCUUAUCAGGUCGGAAGGCCCAUGUGCAGCAGAGGCACUUCUGUCCCUGAGGUGGGGAUGCGUUGUGGUUGAUGAAGUGCACCAAGCGAAGAACCCCAAGGGUCAGCUGCACAAGGCCAUCGUGUCACUACACAGCCCCCGAAAGCUGGGCCUCACAGGCACACCACUGCAGAAUUCGUUGACAGAUGUUUGGACGCUCUUGCGGACUGUGGAAGCCCAUGAGGGCUGGGAGCUCGGAGCCUUCGAGAGUCGAUUCAGUCGGCCCAUCUUGAAGGGUCAGAAGCGAAAAGCCUCAGCAAAAGAUCUGGCUGUGCGGGAGGAUGCUUUGAAGGAGUUCCAGGAGCUUUUGGCGAGGAACUGCCUCCGAAGGACAAAAGAUGACGUUGCAUUGAUGUUGCCAGGGAAGAAUGAUCGCGUUGUGCCCUGUCCUUUGAGUCAUUUGCAGCGAGCGGCCUACCAGAACUUGCUCGAAAGCCCAGACUUCCAAAUUGCACUCGGCAAGCGAGAGCUGUGCGUUUGUGGUGCUGGCAGGCCUUGCUUCUGCGGUGCUGGGCCUGUGUGGCGUUACGUGCACCGCCGCCAGGCCGAAAGCAAGGGCCUCGAAGAUGAAUGGGCUGCAGCUGAUGAAUGUGCCUGUCGUGGGCGGAAGUCACCGAAGUGCAUGGCCUUGUCGCUGAUUGUCAUCCUGCAGCGUUUGUGCAACCAUUUGGAGCAAUUGAAGCCAGACGCGCAGCCCCCAAAGGACUCAGCGGAGGCAAACCAGCAGGAUCUCAUGCGGGAGCUUUGUGACCUGGCCUUCAAGGGAAUUGACCACAACCUUUGCAGUCAACGGCGAGUGGCCAACAGGCUACAGCUGGGAGACCCAGAAGCCUGUGGCAAGAUGCAGGUGCUUCUACCCCUUUUGCGGCAUUGGCGCCGACGCAUGCAGAAGGUGUUGAUAUUUUCACGAUCCACCAGGCUACUCGACAUCCUUGAGGCUUGCUUGUGGCAGCAAGGGUGGUCUCCUUCCGUUCUGCGACUGGAUGGAGCCACAGCAGUCGGUCAGCGGCAACGACUGGUUGAUGAGUUCAAUACGUCUUCCACGAGGUCCAUUUUUCUGAUCUCGACCCGUGCAGGAGGGGUGGGUCUGAAUUUGACUGCAGCCUCAGUGGUGGUCAUCUUUGAUCCGGACUGGAAUCCUUUCUCAGAUCUUCAAGCGCAGGAUCGCUCCUUCCGUAUUGGCCAGACGAAGGUGGUAGAAGUCUAUCGCUUGUUGGGAGCCGGAACCAUUGAGGAGCAGGUCUAUGUGCGACAAGUUUGGAAGCAACAAUUGGCCGCCGUUGCAUUGGACGGCACACGAAGCGCCCGUCGACUGGAUGGAGAACAGUCCUUUGGACUUGCGCACUUGCUGGAGCUGCAUGAGACCUCAAUGCUGCCAGCACUGAUGGCAGAGGCAUUCAAGAACAAGUCACAGGAGUCUGAGGAAGGUGGAGUCCGCGUCUUCAGCGAUCUUCGGGGAGGAGCAGCACCAAACCCUGGUGCGCUUUGGCGACCGGAAGAGGAUCCUGAGCCAGAAGAGGGACCUGACGCUGCGCAAGAGCUGGAGGAGCUUCAUGGCAUGUUCGACCAGGUGGACCACUCCAAGGUCGUGCGCAACGACACCCAGGAGAAUCUGCUGCUUGCAGAUCUAGAUGAUGGCUGAGGCAUGAG